UCCUCAGGGGGGAGGGCGCGGUUGGCAAACAAACGUAGAAGUCAUGUGUUAUCUGUGUAAAAAUAUAGUAAUUUUCUAAUUUAUCAGCACAUCAUCUUAUUAUCAUUUUGUAAGGUUGUCUCAGUCUUUAUUAUAUACAUACUGUCCAGAAGAUUGUUCUGCUCUCGCUGUCCAAGACUUCUCUAGAGAGGGCUGCCCUCUGGGUUCAGAUGGAAGGGUCCAUUCAGUUUCAAAGUUUAACACUAUGCACUCCACUAGACUGGUUCCUGGAAGGAUGUGACCUAUUUACACUCCAUCUGUGGUCACUGCUGGUAACAACCAUAUUUCUCAUCACUGAAGCAUGUUUGUGGCCUGAACAAGAGGACACUCCUCUCCUGUAGAACCUCUGUUCUGAUGGUGAGGUCUGCUCCAUAUACCACAAUGUCAUGAUCAUUCUACCUAAGAUGACUGUUUUAGGCUCCAAGGAAAUGUUUACUCUGCUACUGGUCAUUUUCCCUUACAGUGUUCAGUCUGUGGAGGUAGUGUGUUUACUGCUCUUUACAGCUUUUAUCAACUUACAAGCAAGUACAGACAAGCCCAAAGAUGGGCUCAGCUUUAAGGUCAAUCUUGGCUGUUCCCAAAUGAAGUAGGCGGCCAUCACAGUCACGGUAGGCAGUGCCCCAUCAAAGUGAAUCCUCUGCUUUCACUGCCCCUACCACAGGGCAGGACAUGGUGGGAGGGACUAACUAUCCAGAGCUUGGAUCUUUUAAACAAUGGCAUCUGGGUCUGUCCUACCCAGGCUGGAUUAUCUCUGACAGUUAUAUCUAGGAGAGAGAAUCUCACAGCUCAGAUUAUAAAGGUAUAAUAAUCUGAGGCAGCAAAACCUAAAUGGUCAAAAAUAGGUAUUAAAUGCUGGCUUAGAAGAGACCAGACACCUAAACACAACAUGUGAUUAUGGAUUUGGGGGGAAAAAUGCUAUAAUGACACUAUUGAGACAACUGGCAAAAUUUGAAUAUGGACUAUAUAUUAGAGAAUAAUACUGAAACAAUGUUAAGUCUCUUGAAUUUGAUAACUAUAAGUACCUAAGAGAAUGUUCUUAUACUUAGGAAAUAUAUGUAAAAGAAUUUAAGAGUAAGGAAUCAUGAGGUCUAUAAUUUACUCUCAAAUGGUUCAAAAAAAAGGAUAAUAUGUACACAUACACACAUACUGAAUGAGAGACACACAUAUAUACACACACACAGACACACACACACACGUACAAACACACACAAAUUUGGCCAAAUAUUAACCAUUGAUGAAUUCAGGUGAAAACUAAACAAGACUUCACUGCAAAUUUCUAUGUGUUUGACCAUUUUUCAAAAUAAAAAACGCUUUUUGUUUUUCUUUUGUGGGAGGGGUGCGCCUGGCUUAGCAGUCUAAUGGGACUAUGAAAGCAAAAUAGUCAAAAGCGGGGAUCAUAUGAUGGUUAAGAAAGCCAGGACACCAAGGUCCAGAAAAAAUGGAGGAGGUUAAGCUGAACUGGUUAGAGCAGAAGUUCUCUCUAGUCCUGAUGUGCCAGGAAGAAUGUACUGUGUGGGUGAGCAAAGUGCCAGAAGAGGCCAGAACUGGCCCUUUUUUUAUAGUAAUUCCAUUUGUGGGUAUCUAUCAGCUGUCAACAGAGAGAAGGGAAGAAGCCAUGACAAAGAAGGCUCGGUCCCUCAGUAUCCUUUUAAUGUCUGAAGGAUGUGUAGUGAUGCCCCCUUUUUCAUUUCUGGUAUCAGAAAUUUGUGCUUUCUUUCUCUUUUUCUUGAUAAGUCUCAUUUGGAAUUUAUCAUUAUCAUUAGUGUUUUUCAAAGAACCAAUUUUUGCCUUGGAUGAUUCAACUGUUGUGUGUGUUUGCAGGAAUUCUCUUCAUGAUUAACUCUCAAAUUCCCAAAUAUACCUUCGACAGAGUUUCUAACAGUCUACACCACAGACAAUCAGCUUCAUUAUCACUUGGGUACUAGUUAGAAAACAGAUUCCAAGGCCACAUCCCAAACACACUGAGCAUGUUUCUUAGGGCCCAGAAAUCUGUAUUCUAACAAAUUUUGAGAUAUAAAUUUUGAGGUAGAUCACAAAAAUUUUUCCAAUGCUUAUAUAUGUAUUCUCAAGAAACAGCAACCAACUAAUGAAAUUCUAAGCAGGCUAAAUUUUUAAAAAUUUGCUUUUUAAUCAUAGAACCAUGAAUCAAAAGCCCAAGUUCUAACCCCAGCUUUGUCAUUAAAUGUGCUUAAAUAAUCUCAGCCAUUAGUUAUCGUCUAACUACAAAAUGAGGGAGUUAAAAGGUGAUUUGUAAAGCCACUUCCAAUUUAACAUUUCAUGAGUCCAUGAUCAGUUGAAUGGUCCCUCAGAGAUCACCUGGCCCAGCUCCCCACUUUGAGGCAGCUAUCAUUUUCCUUUCAGCAAUGAGCCAUAAAGAGGUAUUCUCAAAGACUGGUAAAUAUUGAAUUGCAGAGAUCUUCCUAGGCACCGAAGUUAAAUUUACAGGCUGACAGAAUACAAGUCACAAAACCUUUCCUUGGGAAUAUCAGCUCAGUAGUGAGAAACAUGGAAAAGAAAGGAUGGACAGUCUAUUCCCUCAGGAGAUUUUUUGCUAGGUCAAAUUAUUAUUCUGAUGAGUCUCAAUUAAGUAGGGCCAACUUCAAUAAAGAUUACUAUAGCAAAAUAUAAUAAAAUAAUACAAAAUACAGAAAGAGCAUACAAUCUGAGAAUCAUGAGUAAAUAUACUAUUGUGUCCUCAGCACACAUUGCCGUCUCCAUGAAGAUUAAAUUAGAUAAUGCAUGUAAAGCUUAGAACACUGCCUGAUGGUUAUUCAACUUUGCCUACCUUCAGUAAUACAGAUAAGAUUAAUGGCAGAGAUAAUAAAAAAAAUCCUAAGUAAUUCUUUUUAAACCAAUAACUUUUAACCUUAUAGAUAUGUGGUUACUUUUUAAUAUACAGAUACCUGUAUAUCUAAAUCUUCAAUUAUAUACACACUAACCAGUAUACAGGUUUAUAUUUAAAUAACACAGUAACACAUCUGUCAUUUCUUCACCAAUCGUGAUCCUCCACAAUCACUCUUUCUUCUGAACUGCUACGUCCUCAUAUUACCAGGUGUGUUCUUCCUGUAUAGUCAUCUCCAUGUCUUUUCGUUCUUUAACUGUGAGAUUAGAAUUUGUAGAAGGAUGUCGUGUACAUCACAGUAACCACAGGGUUCUACUCAAUCAACUGUCCUGAGGACUUUGAUUGUAUCACUCUUCAGUUACUGAAACAUCACACUGCAAACUCUUGGCCUGGGGACUCCAGUGGCCCCAGGACUGAUUUCGCUGCCAUAUACCAGCCUUCUCCUCCAACUGAUACAGUCUUCAAUAUCUUUAGGGAACUCUACUUUCAUUGUUGAUUUAGAUCUAUUUCAAUUAGGAUUAUCUAUCACUUUGGUUAUAUCUGGGUUCUAUUGGUUUACCACCUCAUCAUAUUCUUUUGCUCUGAGGUAAGUAACUGUCAGAUUGUCUACAGGUCUAUAAAAUUUUAAAGCUGCACAGAAAUUGCUUGGGAAAAGGAAUUUGGGGAGUACUAAAUUUAUAUAAUUUAUAAAAUUAAGUGGAAAGGAGAUCCAUAUUAACUUCUCUCCAAAGACAAGGACUUAUACUACUAUUUUGUCUGAGAAAAAACAGAGCAUGGGUCUUCAAACUAUAUUAAAUUUAAAACACACAAAUGCAGUUAAAUUCAUGUUCUUUUAAAGUUAACAAAUCAUAUAUAACCAAAUACAAAAAUAAUUAAAAUCUCAGGACAAGCAAAAUGAGAUUUUUUUUUUUUUAAAAAAGAAAAGAGAAAGUAAAAAACUGAAUAUAAUAAGGUAGGCAAUGAUUAAAUUGCUCAAUUUGAACUAUCACUUCCCUUUCCAUUGGUUUCAUUUCUGUUUUUGGCUAAAAUACUCUUUAUAUGUAAAUAAUUCCAGUAAAGACUCUGAGUCCCUUCUUAGCAUUUGCAGAGAUCUUUAGGCAACAGAAAUCAUUUCUAGACUUUUAUAUGACAGAAAAGAGAAAUGAAGCAUCAGGGACUUAAAAAAUUAGAGAACCUUAAGUGGGUAAAUGUAUAUGAAAAGCAGAAGCAAAAAACUGAGGGUCCCAAAUUUGAACCAUUUAGAAAUGUUUAAAUAGUAAAAAGUGGAUAUUCUAUGAUUUUUAGGUGCUUUGUUUAGGCACUGGACUCUAUUUAGGAGUACCUACUAAGUGCCAGGUACUACAUUAAGUGCUCUGCAUUUUUCUGAUUUAGACUCCUCACAAUCCUACUGAUGGUUAUUAUCUGACUAAUGGGUAUUUUUUCUGUACAGAAACUAGGAACAAAGGCUCAGGUAGUCAAGUAACUAAACAAAGUCACACAGCUUAGAAAGUGAAGAAGCCAUGGAUAAGCUAGGCUUUGAAACCGGCUCUACUCAACAUCAAAUCUCAUUCUUUUUCCAUAGAUGACGCAGACUUUAAGCACCAAAGUAAACUAAUUGAAGUAAUUUUCCCAUUUUUGUAUUUUUUUUUAAAUAUAUGCCUUCAUUUCAAGGCGGGCUUAUGCUAAACGUGACUUCAUAAACAAAUCAUUUGUGAAAGGGAAAAACCACAUCCAGGGUAAAGUCAUAAGUUAAAAGAAAACUUUUUCUAAGCACUUCCUGAAAGAAACGAAGCAGCAACUACAGCGGACCAGGCACCAACUCCUACACCUAUGUCUGAAUUGGUUAUGUCUGAAACAUCUUUUUAAUGCAACAAAAGUGCCGAAAACAAAAGAAAUAUACCAUUUUGUAUAUUUAUCAUUUGCAGAAAGUGCUAUAUUUUAACACAAGCCAUCAAAGGAUAUCUCUUUUACAGAACUGGGCAUACUGAAAAAUGUUCAUCUCUGGCACAGCUUUUUGAAGGACAGGAGUUUCUGAGUAUCAUGCCUACCAACAAGAUAUAAGAUGACUACCCCUAACUAUCAAUAUCAACCUGUUGCUUCUAAAAGCUUAUAUCCAGAAGAAUACAAAAUUGCUGCCCUUGUCUUCUACAGCUGUAUCUUCAUAGUCGGAUUGUUCGUUAAUGUCACCGCAUUAUGGGUUUUCAGUUGUACCACCAAGAAGAGAACUACCGUAACUAUCUAUAUGAUGAAUGUGGCACUAUUGGACUUAAUAUUUAUACUGACCUUACCCUUUCGAAUGUUUUAUUAUGCAAAAGGUGAAUGGCCAUUUGGAGAGGUUUUCUGCCAGAUUCUUGGUGCUCUCACCAUAUUUUACCCCAGUAUUGCUCUAUGGCUUCUUGCUUUUAUUAGUGCGGACAGAUACAUGGCCAUUGUGCAGCCAAAAUAUGCCAAAGAACUUAAAAACACAUGCAAAGCCGUGCUAGCAUGUGUGGGAAUCUGGGUAAUGACGCUGCUGACCACAAUCCCUCUGCUAUUUUUAUAUGAAGACCCAGAUAAAGCCUCCAACCCUGCCACCUGCCUGAAGAUUUCUGACAUUAUCCACUUAAAAGCCGCUAACAUGUUCAACUUCACUCGACUGAUAUUUUUUUUCUUGCUUCCUCUGUUCAUCAUGAUUGGGUGCUACUUGGUCAUUAUUCAUAGUCUCCUCCACGGCAGGACAUCAAAGCUGAAACCAAAAGUCAAGGAGAAGUCUAUCCGAAUCAUCAUCACUCUCGUGGUACAAGUGCUUGUCUGCUUUACACCUUUCCACAUCUGUUUUGCUUUCCUAAUGCUGGCAGGGGAAGAAAACAGUUACAGUCCCUGGGGAGCCUUUACCACCUUCCUCAUGAACCUCAGCACAUGUCUGGAUGUUAUUCUCUACUACAUUGUUUCAAAACAAUUUCAAGCUCGAGUCAUUAGUGUCAUGCUGUACCGCAACUACCUUCGGAGCAUGCGCAGAAAGACUUUUCGAUCAGGUAGUUCACGGUCACUAAGCAACAUAAACAGUGAAAUGCUAUGAAUGAUAGAAAAGUUUUUCUUUUUUCCCAAUCUCUUUAAAAUUCACUUUAUAACUACUCUAGGGUCAGGCUGAAGGAUAUUCUGUAUGAUAUUAUUAAGUCCUUUCUCUCCUGGAAAAAAUAAACUUUAAAAACUCUUUUGUGGGAUCUUAUUAUUGUGGAAACAUUCAUUUUAUGAACAAAUUCAUUGUUUUUAUUUUUAAAAGAAGUGGCUUAAAACACUGGAUUGAGGUCAGAUUAUGAAGGCUUUGAAAGGGAAGAAGAAAACCAACAUAAUGUGGGUUCUACUGUUAGGUUCUUUGUGUUACUGACUUUAAUCUUUUCCACUGCCCUAUGAAGUAUAGAGUACUCCAACUUACAUAUGCGGUUCAUCUAUAAACUGAGAUCAGGAAAUGGAAUUUGAGAGAAUUACCUUGCUCAAGAUCACACAUACCCAGUAAGUGGCAGAGGUGGAAUCUCUACUUUUUGGUCUGUCUGAUGGCAAAGGCCACGUCAUUCCCACUAUUUCAGAGUGCCAUAAUGGCUUUUCAAAGGAGUAUGACCUUUAUUCAGAAAGGAAUGAGGGCUCAAAGGUUUUUAAAAGGAAGACUGGCAUAGCCAGACCUAUAUUUUAGAAAGAUAACUUCUGAUAGUAUUGCAUGGAGUGCCUUGAAAUUGACAGGGAGACUUUGCAGGAAAAUACUACAGUCUGGACUAGAAUAAUGAUAGUAGGGGAGAGGAUGGGAUGAAGGAAUGAGUUAUUUAGGACUUGGAAUGAUAAGACUUGGUGCCCUACACCAUUGAUGAGAAAAGGGAAAGAUUUCCAGCUUGGAUGACUAAGUAGAUGUAAAUGGCAUUAACUAAAAAAGAAGUCGAGAAGGAGGAGAGGGUAGGGAAAGACAGAAGACCAGAAGAGAUGAGAGCUUCCAAACAUGCUGAGUUUUCUUUGAAUCCAGAUGUUAUUAGGAAAUACGACUCUAAAAAGAUCAGAAAAUUAGUAUGGACUAGAAAUAGAGAAUUAGGAAACAAACAAACAGGUGUUAGCUAUAGUUCAAGUCAUGGCGGUGGACUAGACAGCUCCAAGAAACCACUUGGAAUAAGCUUGAGAAAAGAGCUACAGACAGUAACUAAGGUCAAAAACAGGGCUUUCAACUGGGUUGGUCAGGUUCCACCCCCUGCUGAGAAUUUGCACUUCUACUUGAUAUACUGAAUCAGAAUCUAUAGUUUAACAAGAUUCCCAGGUGAUUUUUAUGUACACAUCUACAUUUUAACAAGAUCUUAUAUAUACAAAACACUCAUCUCAGCAUCCUGUUAAAAUGUAGAUUCUGAUUCAGUAUAUCUGGGGUGAAAACGCAAAUUCUCAGCAGGAGGUUGAACUGAAAUGAACCGGUUUGAUGUCCUGGUCAAAAAGACCAGGAGAGUAGUGUGCUGGGACUCAAGAGAGCAGGUUGCUUCAUGAAAUAACAGGGGGUCAAAAGCAUUUAAUGUGUUACUGAAAGGUCAAAUGGGAAGACUGAAAAUAGAAACUAGCUGGUUACCAGUGACCUUCGUAAGAGAAGCUUCAAUAGUGGUGAAGUUUAAAGAAAAAAAGAGAAAAGACAUUUGAUAAAAUCCAACACCCUUUCUUGAUAAAAACCCUAAAGAAGAU